CCAGUCUGCCCGCUGACAAAGUUACAUUAGGCAGCGGAUAGGGGCAUUCAGUCUCAACAUGACUCAACAGCUAAAGGAUCAACUCAAGUUUGAUAUCGAAUGGGGCCACGAAAGACUGGUGCGAGCACAGCAAACCGUCGAGGUUCGUCCGUUCGAUGUAGAGUCGUGGUCUCUAUUGGUGCGCGAAGGCCAAGGUCGACAUGUGAACGAGGUACGUUCACUGUACGAAUCGCUCGUCAGCGUUUUCCCGACUACUGCUCGGUACUGGAAAGUGUACAUUGAGCAGGAGAUGAAGUACCGGAAUUAUGAGCGCGUGGAGAAACUGUUCCAGCGCUGUUUGGUAAAAAUCCUCAACAUCGAUCUGUGGAAACUGUAUCUGACCUAUGUUAAGGAAACGAAAGUCGGACUUAGCACCCACAAGGAAAAAAUGGCGCAGGCUUACGAUUUCGCGCUAGAAAAAAUAGGCAUGGAUUUGCACUCCUUCUCCAUCUGGACAGACUAUAUAGCGUUCCUGAAAAGCGUCGAGGCAGUUGGAAGCUACGCGGAGAACCAAAAAAUUACUGCCGUACGAAAGGUGUACCAACGGGCGGUCAUCACGCCCAUAAUCGGUAUCGAACACUUGUGGAAGGACUAUAUUGCGUUUGAGCAGAACAUUAACCCCAUCAUAUCGGAAAAGAUGAGUCUGGAGCGUUCACGAGACUACAUGAAUGCUAGGAGGGUGGCGAAAGAGUUGGAGAUCGUUACGAAAGGGCUUAAUCGCAAUCUGCCGGCAGUUCCGCCAACCGUCACAAAGGAAGAGGUUAAACAGGUUGAGCUCUGGAAGAAGUAUAUUGCUUUCGAAAAGUCCAACCCAUUGCGCAGCGAAGAUAAUGCGCUCGUUACUCGGCGCGUAAUGUUUGCUAUCGAACAGUGUCUUUUGGUGCUCACGCACCAUCCGGCCGUGUGGCAUCAGGCUGCACAGUAUUUGGAUCAGAGCUCUAAGUUGUUGGCGGAAAAGGGGGAUCUUAAUGCUGCAAAAGUGUUCAGCGACGAGGCGGCUAACAUUCUUGAGCGGGCAAUUAACUCGGUUUUGAGUCGCAACGCACUCCUCUACUUCGCGUACGCCGAUUUCGAAGAGGGCCGCUUGAAGUACGAUAAAGUGCACCAGAUGUACAAUAAGUAUCUCGCCAUUAACGAUAUCGAUCCGACACUGGCGUAUAUUCAAUAUAUGAAAUUUGCGCGGCGAGCAGAAGGCAUCAAAUCGGCACGGGCCGUUUUCAAGAAAGCCCGCGAAGACGUUCGCUCCACGUAUCACGUGUUUGUAGCCGCAGCAUUGAUGGAGUACUACUGCAGUAAGGACAAAGACAUCGCCUUUCGGAUAUUUGAGCUUGGGCUUAAACGAUUCGGUGGUAGCCCGGAGUACGUCAUGUGUUACAUUGACUAUUUGUCCCAUUUAAACGAGGACAACAAUACCCGUGUGCUGUUCGAACGGGUUCUCUCUUCGGGGGGCCUAACGCCGCAGCUCUCGGUGGAGGUGUGGAAUCGUUUUCUCGAGUUCGAGUCCAACAUUGGCGAUCUGUCGAGUAUCGUCAAGGUAGAGCGGCGCCGCAGUGCGGUGCUGGAAAAGCUGAAAGAGUUCGAAGGCAAAGAAACGGCCCAGCUGGUGGAUCGGUACAAAUUUCUUGAUUUAUAUCCGUGCUCGUCGUCGGAGUUAAAAUCGAUCGGCUACACUGAAACCCACGGUAUACUAAGUGUGACGGGCGUGAAACCAGCUGCGCCGCCCGCACCAGAACCAACGGAACAACCAGUGCAGCUGGCCCGUCCCGACUUUAGUCAAAUGAUACCGUACAAGCCGAAACCGAACGCAUUCCCCGGUGAACAUCCCGUUCCGGGUGGGGCUUUUCCACAGCCGGCGGCACUGGCCGCUCUGUGCGCCAUACUGCCGCCACCGAUCAGUUUUCAAGGACCGUUCGUGGCUGUGGAUAAGUUGAUCGAGGUGUUCAAUCGCAUCCAGCUGCCGGAAGUACCACCGCCCCCUAGCGAUAGUACGGCCGAACAGCGUCUCUUCGAUUUGGCCAAAUCCGUCCACUGGAUUGUGGACGAUAGCGCAUUCGCGGGCGAGGGAGGCCUGAAACGACGCCGUAUGGCACCGGGAGGUGACGACAGUGACGAUGAAGGCGUCACUCCCGCCCCACCAGCAAACGAUAUCUAUCGAUUAAGGCAGCAGAAGCGAUUCAAGUAAACGUCGCAUAUGGUCGCUUUUGCACUGCCUGAAAAAAUGUAAAUUAUACACUUAACAGUAAUGACGAAGGGGUUUUCGGUUUUUCCACUUGAAGAAUAUAGUAG